UGUGUCCUUAUUAGUAAAAUAAGAGACUUGGACUGACAAGGUGACCUCUGAGUGUCCUUCCUGCCUGUUAAUUCUGUAAUAUCAUUUAAGGCCCUCAUGGCUGAGCUGGGGCAGGGCAGCAGGGUGUUCGGCCCAGUACUGGCUUCAGAUGUUGGCCUCAUAUCCUGUCCUAUCUAAUCUUCUGAAAACCCCUUUAGGGAUGGAGUACUUGAGUUUUUCUUUAAUCCUACGUCUAGAGGAUUGGGUCCUACAGAAAUGGAUGCUUCUUGUAAUAAAAGCUGUAUCAGCUGAACUUGCAGUGCCAGGAUGCUCUGUUAUCCAGUUGUGCUCAGCCAUCUCUAUGCAUCUGAAGAAAGAAGAAGAGCAGAUGUAAUUCCUUCUGCAAGAUGGAGCCUUUCCUGUAUCUGGGGCUUCUCAGAGUUGGCGCUGUUGUUCCACGGCCAGUCAGGCCAGGGCGAUUACAGAGCUUGUAGCCGCAGAACCAGUAGCAGCCACCCACCCCUGAGAGAGAGAAAAAAGAGCAGUGGGUGGAAAUGGCAGAGUACAUUGCCCUGGAAAUCUCUUGGGUAGCAGUAUCUCUAGGCAGGCUCCUCUGAAGCUUGUCUGACCCUACCUCCAACCUAAUCCUCUAUUUCUUACAGAUACAAGGGAUAAUGCAGCACUACAUUGCCACCUGUAAAUUUUUCUCCUCUGAGGUGGGAGUGUCUCUUCUUCCAGCCAUGUCACAGCCCAAAGAAUAGGAGAAGGCCACAUCCUUGUGAGAUACAAAUGCUAGCUAACUCAUUGGCCCAUCAGUUCAGAUACUGGGGUAUCAGAGGAGGCAAAUGGAACCAAGGAGUCAAAUUGAUUUAGUAGGAAGUGUGAGACAUGCCCAUUCUACCCCCAGGAGUUUCUCAGGGGAAAGGGGAUGUUAUUUACAGAUGAUCAAAACUUCCUGUGUGCAGCUAGAGCCUUCUGUCCACUGUUAACUAGACCAUCCCUACCUGGUUGUCAGUCCUGCACUCCCUUAGUGCCCCUCAGAUGGAAGUCUUAGCCUGUCUUUUUUAGAGCCCUUAAGGUUCCCUUUGGAACCCUGGUGGCACAGUGGUUAAGAGCUCAGCUGCUAACCAAAAGGCCAAGAGUUCGAAUUCACCAGCUGCUCCUUGGAAACCCCGUGAGGCAGUUCUGCUCUGUCUUAUAGGGUCGCUGUGAGUCAGAAUUAACUCGAUGAUGAUGGGUUUGGUUUGGGUAUUUUGGUAAGGUUCCCUGUAUCCUGAGGACACAGUUUUAAUUACAAAAAAAAAAAGUCUCUGGGUGCAGCUGGAGGGAACAAAGCAGUACUACAGAUUCUUCACUCCCUUACAGGAUAGAGCAGGGUACCCACCAACUACCUAUGAAUAAGAAAGCAGUCUAGUCUAGCUGAUAGGAGAGCUCUGAGGAGUCAAAUGAUCUUCUCUUUCCCAGUUCUCAGCCCUUUCCUUCCUAAAGGUUUAGAGUUAGGCUGAUGCUUGAGGGUAUAAAAAGACAAGGCUAAGAAAUUGAAGUCUGUAUUUCCUAAAGUAGGCCCUUGAGAAGAAUAGAAUUGGGGAGGUGUUUGGACCUUGGGAAAUGGAUUGGAGAAUCCUGUCAGUAAUUCAUCUCGACUUCACCUUCAGUCACCUAAAAUCCCCUCAAGUGGGUGUGUAGCAUGAACAGAAACAGCCCCUCAAUCCCUGAAUUUAGCCAGUACUGGCCUGCUCACCAUAGACAGUCAGGGAACAGUAGCUCUGGGGGAUGGGAGGGGUUAGGGUCCAGCCCUGCCCCAGACCUCCUCGUGUCUAAUUUCUCUGUGUCAGCUGUGUUAUUCAGCUGUCCACUUUCCUCCAGCCUUGUCAUUUCAGCUCUGACACCAAGGAGAGAGGCUAGGAGGUCUACAAAUACCGUCUGGGUAGCCGGUGUGAGUACGGAGGGUACUGGGGGGGCUCAGCCCCCAGGGAAGAAGACCGAUCCUCCCCCAGCACUACUACCAAGGCCCCAGGGGAUCCUUCUUCCAUCCCCAAACUGUGGACUGGCUUAGGGAAUCCCCAAAUGUAAGUUACCUCUUCAUCUUCUUUCCAUUUCGAGGACUACUCACCCCAGCUUCACCAAUCCUUAGUCUGUUCAGCUUCAUUUCUCCCCUUGUCUAUGAGUAGUUUAUGAGGAAUUAUUAUUAUUACACUCCAGAACUAGAGCUAGGAUUGGAGGGCGGGUGGGGUGAGGUCAACGGAAUGGAGUAGUAAGGGAAGGAAAGGCUCAUAUUACUCUGAAAACUUAAAAUAGCUGAGACCUGAGGCAGGCUGGGAUAGAACUAGGCAAGAGGCCCCCAGGGCUCAAAAAGGAGAUAGGGAUAGUGUCCCCAGCCCAUUACUCUAUGCAUGCACUUGAACACACACCUUAAACCUCUUGAAGAGAGGGAACCUGGGAAAUCAAGUCACAUCUCUCUUGCCCACAGCCUCACAGAAGAAACAAAGUGCCCGUAGAAAAAUCCCCAAACCACGCAGCCUUGAACACUGUUAGGGCUGUAAACUUGGGUUGCCUCUCAAGGUAGGAGGAUGGGUAUUGGUUUCAGUUGAGAAGCUCUUUGGUUUCCCUGGCUUUUCUCUGGACCUCCGUGGCAGUUUUUGUUCAUAAACCCUGUGAAUUUAACCAAAUUUCUCCCAAGGCCUCACCUUCAAGGACCAUCCUACUGCAAGGGACAGGAAUAAGGGAGAGAAGAAUGGCAGUUAGGGAUUAGAUUUCAUAGUGGGGUCCAACCUCUUGCAGGAUGACAGAAAAGGAGGUGCUGGAGUCCCCUAAGCCCUCCUUCCCAGCAGAGACUCGGCAAAGAGGGCUACAGCGGCUGAAGCAGUUGUUCAGGAAGGGGUCUACAGGGACAAAGGAGAUGGAGCCUCCCCUGGAGUCCCAGGCCAAUGGGGAGGCAGUGGGAGCUGGGGGUGGGCCCAUCUACUACAUCUAUGAGGAAGAGGAGGAGGAAGAGGAGGAGGAGGAGGAGCCACCCCCAGAACCUCCUAAGCUUGUCAACGAUAAGCCUCACAAAUUCAAGGAUCAUUUCUUCAAGAAGCCCAAGUUCUGUGAUGUCUGUGCCCGGAUGAUUGUGCUCAACAACAAAUUUGGGCUUCGCUGUAAAAACUGCAAAACCAACAUCCAUGAGCAUUGCCAGCCCUAUGUGGAGAUGCAGAGGUGCUUCGGCAAGAUCCCACCUGGUUUCCGUCGGGCCUAUAGCUCCCCACUGUACAGCAACCAGCAGUACGCUUGUGUCAAAGAUCUUUCUGCUGCUAAUCGAAAUGACCCUGUGUUUGAAACCCUUCGCACUGGGGUGAUCAUGGCAAACAAGGAACGGAAAAAGGGACAGGCAGAUAAGAAAAAUCCUCUAGCAGCCAUGAUGGAGGAGGAGCCAGAGUCUGCCAGAUCAGAGGAAGGAAAACCACAGGCUGGAAACCCUGAAGGGGAUAAGAAGGCUGAGAAGAAGACACCUGAUGAGAAACACAAGCAGCCUGGUUUCCAGCAGUCUCACUAUUUUGUGGCUCUCUAUCGGUUCAAAGCCCUGGAGAAGGAUGAUCUGGAUUUCCCGCCUGGAGAGAAGAUCACAGUCAUUGAUGACUCCAAUGAGGAGUGGUGGCGGGGGAAAAUCGGGGAGAAGGUCGGAUUUUUCCCUCCAAACUUCAUCAUUCGGGUCCGUGCUGGAGAGCGGGUACACCGUGUAACGAGAUCCUUUGUGGGGAACCGCGAGAUAGGGCAGAUCACUCUCAAGAAGGACCAGGUAUAUCUCUGGUGCCUCAACCCAUCCGCAGACCUGAAUUGCUCCACACUCCUUGGAGAUCUUAACCCAUUAAUGAGACUAAGAUGGGCCUCCAGACCCCUGUACUACCCUACUCUCCUACUUUUUCCCCUUGAUUCUUCUACUCCCUUUAAUCCCCCAGAUCGUGGUGCAGAAAGGAGACGAAGCUGGUGGCUACGUCAAGGUCUACACAGGCCGCAAGGUGGGGCUGUUCCCCACCGACUUCCUGGAGGAGAUUUAGGGGUGCAGGCGCCUGCAGGCGAGAGAUCCUCAUUCCCCUUUCUGGGCGGGUCCAGUGGAGGUUGAGGAGAAAAGGGGUGAAGGCAGCUGGACUGCUGGACAGAGGAGAGGGGUGGGAAGGCCCGCCAGAGCAUGACGGGGCUUCUGGGAAGGAAUUGGCUCCCGCUCCCCUGGAACCUGGUACCCAGAGCAGCUGCACCUGCUACCCGCAUCCGCACCCCCUCGGGCCCAGCCUGUGAAAGCUGGAAAAAGAAGGACGCGUCUCCUCUCAGAGGCGCAGGGAGGGGGAGGGGGGGCUGAGAGGUGAUCUGUCGGUGUUGUGCAUUUAUUAAAGUUUUGACAAAAGUUGGAAAAGUUUAAUCUUUAACGGGGGGCUGAGGGGGGACGAAUGGGCCUGCGGAGGGGUGGCGAAUCCUCUCCAACAGUCCCACCGCACUACUAUCGGAUAACCCGAGAUCCACCUGGGCUGAGGCUAGUGGGAGGUGAGGAGACCAAUGCAUCCGCCUGGUGUGGCCUCUUGUCAAAAAAAAAAAGGCAGCGGGACUGGCGUUACCACCCCCGCGCCCCCGCGGCUGGGAGCAGCAUCCCGUAGCCGAGUUGUGAUGCAGCGGCAGACGCCACUUGCAUUUCGGAACCUGGCUCAGCGCCGAUCUGGGCCGCCAGGGGGCGAUACAAGAUCUCGGUUGGAGAGCAGGGGACCUGGGGGAGAGAACCAGAGACACCAAGCCCGAGACCUUAGGCCUAGGAGGGGCUGGGGUGCGUGCCGUCUCCAUGACAACACUUCCACAAGUCCUCUGGGAACCUGGGGAGCAAGGCCGAGGGGGCUAACCUCUGCCGCACGGCCCCUGCCGCAGCCCCUUCCGACAGGUAUGGAGUGAGAGGGCGCAGAGUAGACAGCUCCCCAGCCCUCUCCGAGACCCCCUGCGGAGCGCCGUAUGCAAAUGUUAUUUGCAUAUGCAAAUAUGUAAAUGUUCCGGCCUGGUCAGGGCGGCAGGUGGCAGGGAGCGAGAAGGUGUGGGGAAGGGAGCAGGAGACGAGGAGUUUGGGGACCUGGGAGUGGACCAGUGAGAGGCAGCCUGGGGUGGUCGCUGAAGUGGGGCAGGCGGAAAGUCCUGAGCUUGAUGGCGGUGGGGGAGGGUCGGCGUGGCCAGCCGGGAGCUCCUCUUCUGCCGGUUGUCUGCCAGGCCUGAGGUUGGCACCGCCUAGCAAGGUUGGCAGCAGGAGCCCGGGCACCAUCUGCUGCUAGCGGGGGGAGGGCAGAGAGGCUCAGCUGGGCUGGGAAGAAGGGGGCCUGGGACGGACGCACCCCCUUUUCUUCUA